AUGUGUGUGUGCGUGUGUGUGUGUGUGCGUGGCCGAGGCGGAGCGCCCGGCGACGGCGGCGGCGGCGGCGGCGGCGGCGGCGGCGACGGCGUUAGGACUCGGGGGACACCGCCCCCCUCCCCCCCGGCCCCCGCGUCCCGCCCCCGCCCAGCCUCGCGCGCGUCUCAGUUCGCGCCGCGCCUGGGCUCGGAGCGCAACGGGCGCCGGCUCCCGCACACGCGAGCCGAGCCAGCCCCGGGAGCCCGGCGGCGCGCACUGCCUGCCUGCCUGCUGCCGCCUGCCCGCCCGCCGCGCCGGCCAUGCGGGGCCGCCCCGCGCCCGCGGGAAGGGGCUGAGAGCCGCCCCGCCGCCCGGAUGGGGAGCCCCGGCGCGCUCGCCCUCUGCCUGCUCCGGCUCCUGCUCCUGGGGCUGCAGCGGCCGCCGCUGCCCGGCGCCCGAGCGCAGAGCGCUGCAGGUGGCUGUUCUUUUGAUGAGCACUACAGCAACUGUGGGUAUAGUGUGGCUCUGGGAACCAAUGGGUUUACCUGGGAGCAGAUUAACACGUGGGAGAAGCCAAUGCUGGACCCAGCUGUGCCCACAGGGUCCUUCAUGAUGGUGAACAGCUCUGGAAGGGCUUCGGGCCAGAAAGCUCAUCUUCUCCUGCCAACCCUGAAGGAGAACGACACGCACUGCAUUGACUUCCACUACUACUUCUCCAGCCGAGAUCGCUCCAGCCCGGGAGCCUUGAAUGUCUACGUGAAGGUGAACGGUGGUCCCCAAGGGAACCCUGUCUGGAACGUGUCUGGAGUCGUCACUGAGGGCUGGGUGAAGGCCGAGCUUGCCAUCAGCACCUUCUGGCCUCAUUUCUACCAGGUGAUAUUUGAAUCCGUCUCUUUGAAGGGUCAUCCUGGUUACAUCGCUGUGGACGAGGUUCGGGUCCUUGCUCAUCCGUGCAGAAAAGCACCUCAUUUCCUGCGACUCCAAAAUGUUGAGGUGAACGUGGGGCAGAACGCCACAUUCCAGUGCAUUGCUGGUGGGAAGUGGUCUCAGCACGACAAGCUUUGGCUCCAGCAAUGGAAUGGCAGAGACACGGCCCUCAUGGUCACUCGCGUGGUCAACCACAGGCGCUUCUCAGCCACAGUCAGCGUGGCAGACACCUCUCAGCGCAGUGUCUCCAAGUAUCGCUGCGUGAUCCGCUCAGAUGGGGGGUCUGGCGUGUCCAACUAUGCAGAGCUGAUUGUGAAAGAGCCUCCCACACCCAUUGCCCCCCCAGAACUGCUGGCAGUGGGGGCCACCUACCUGUGGAUUAAGCCAAAUGCCAACUCCAUUAUUGGGGACGGCCCCAUCAUUCUGAAGGAGGUAGAGUACCGCACCACUACAGGCACCUGGGCCGAGACCCAUAUCGUGGACUCUCCCAACUACAAGCUCUGGCAUCUGGAUCCUGAUGUGGAGUACGAGAUCCGGGUGUUGCUCACACGACCAGGAGAGGGAGGCACAGGACCACCAGGACCUCCGCUCACCACGAGGACCAAGUGUGCCGACCCUGUGCAUGGCCCUCAGAAUGUGGAGAUUGUGGACAUCCGGGCCCGGCAGCUGACCCUGCAGUGGGAACCCUUUGGCUAUGCAGUGACCCGCUGCCACAGCUACAACCUCACCGUGCAGUACCAGUACGUGUUCAACCAGCAACAGUAUGAGGCUGAAGAGGUGAUCCAGACAUCUUCUCACUAUACCUUGCGGGGUCUACGGCCCUUCAUGACCAUCAGACUGCGGCUUUUGCUGUCCAACCCUGAGGGCCGGAUGGAGAGUGAGGAGUUGGUGGUACAGACUGAGGAGGAUGUUCCAGGAGCUGUUCCUCUUGAAUCCAUCCAAGGAGGGCCCUUUGAGGAGAAGAUCUACAUCCAGUGGAAACCUCCCAAUGAGACCAAUGGGGUCAUCACACUCUAUGAGAUUAACUACAAGGCUGUUGGUUCAUUGGAUCCAAGUGCUGACCUGUCCAGCCAGAGGGGGAAAGUGUUCAAGCUCCGGAAUGAAACCCAUCACCUUUUUGUGGGUCUGUACCCUGGGACCACCUACUCCUUCACCAUCAAGGCCAGCACAGCCAAGGGUUUCGGACCUCCAGUCACCACUCGGAUUGCCACCAAGAUUUCAGCUCCAUCGAUGCCUGAAUAUGAUGCAGAUACUCCACUCAAUGAAACCGACACAACCAUCACCGUGAUGCUCAAACCCGCCCAGUCUCGGGGAGCCCCUGUCAGUGUUUACCAACUGGUUGUCAAGGAGGAGCGACUUCAGAAGUCCCGGAGAGCAGCUGACAUCAUUGAGUGUUUCUCAGUACCUGUGAGCUACCGGAAUGCCUCCAACCUCGAUUCUCUACACUACUUUGCUGCCGAGUUGAAGCCCUCCAACCUGCCUGUCACCCAGCCAUUUACAGUGGGAGACAACAAGACCUACAAUGGCUACUGGAAUCCUCCCCUCUCCCCAUUGAAGAGCUACAGCAUCUACUUCCAGGCACUUAGCAAAGCAAAUGGAGAAACAAAAAUCAACUGUGUGCGUCUGGCUACGAAAGUACCAAUGGGCAGCGCCCAGGUGACCCCGGGGACUCCACUCUGCCUCCUCACCACAGGUGCUUCCACCCAGAAUUCUAACACUGUGGAGCCAGAGAAGCAGGUAGACAACACGGUGAAGAUGGCAGGUGUGAUCGCUGGCCUCCUCAUGUUUAUCAUCAUUCUCCUGGGUGUGAUGCUGACCAUCAAAAGGAGAAGAAAUGCUUAUUCCUACUCCUAUUACUUGUCCCAAAGGAAGCUGGCUAAGAAGCAGAAGGAGACACAGAGUGGAGCCCAGAGGGAGAUGGGACCCGUGGCCUCUGCUGACAAGCCCGCCACCAAGCUCAGCACCAACCGCAAUGAUGAAGGCUUCUCCUCCAGCUCUCAGGAUGUUAAUGGAUUCACAGAUGGCAGCCGUGGGGAGCUAUCCCAACCCACCCUCACCAUUCAGACUCACCCCUACCGGACCUGCGACCCUGUAGAGAUGACUUACCCCCGGGACCAGUUCCAGCCUGCCAUCCGGGUAGCAGACCUGCUUCAGCACAUCACCCAGAUGAAACGAGGCCAGGGCUACGGGUUCAAGGAGGAAUAUGAGGCCUUACCAGAGGGACAGACAGCAUCGUGGGACACAGCCAAGGAAGAUGAAAACCGCAAUAAGAAUCGAUACGGGAACAUCAUAUCCUAUGACCACUCCAGGGUGAGACUGUUGGUGCUGGAUGGAGACCCCCACUCUGACUACAUCAAUGCCAACUACAUUGAUGGGUACCACCGACCCCGGCACUACAUUGCAACCCAAGGUCCAAUGCAAGAGACUGUGAAGGACUUUUGGAGAAUGAUCUGGCAGGAAAACUCUGCCAGCAUCGUUAUGGUCACAAACCUUGUGGAAGUGGGCAGGCACCCAGCGGAACACACUGUGGGAACUGCCACGCUAGGCCGUGCGGCGUCCCCCGGAAUGGUGAAGUGUGUGAGAUACUGGCCGGAUGACACGGAGGUCUAUGGAGACAUUAAAGUCACCCUAAUUGAAACAGAGCCCCUGGCAGAAUAUGUCAUCCGCACCUUCACAGUCCAGAAGAAAGGCUACCACGAGAUCCGGGAGCUCCGCCUCUUCCACUUCACCAGCUGGCCUGACCAUGGUGUUCCCUGUUAUGCUACUGGCCUUCUGGGCUUUGUCCGCCAGGUCAAGUUCCUCAAUCCCCCAGAAGCCGGGCCCAUAGUGGUCCACUGCAGUGCGGGAGCCGGGAGGACUGGCUGCUUCAUUGCCAUUGACACCAUGCUCGACAUGGCUGAGAACGAAGGAGUGGUGGACAUCUUCAACUGUGUGCGUGAGCUCCGGGCACAGAGGGUCAACCUGGUGCAGACAGAGGAGCAGUAUGUGUUCGUGCAUGAUGCUAUUCUGGAAGCAUGCCUCUGCGGCAACACUGCCAUCCCCGUGUGUGAGUUCCGCUCUCUCUACUACAACAUCAGCAGGCUAGACCCCCAGACCAACUCCAGCCAGAUCAAAGAUGAGUUUCAGACACUCAACAUUGUGACACCUCGAGUGCGGCCUGAAGACUGCAGCAUCGGGCUCUUACCCAGGAACCAUGAUAAGAAUCGGAGCAUGGAUGUCCUGCCUCUGGACCGCUGCCUACCCUUCCUCAUCUCUGUAGAUGGAGAGUCCAGCAACUACAUCAAUGCAGCACUGAUGGACAGCCACAAGCAGCCUGCCGCCUUUGUGGUCACCCAGCACCCUCUACCCAACACUGUGGCAGACUUCUGGAGGCUGGUGUUCGAUUAUAAUUGUUCUUCUGUGGUGAUGCUGAACGAGAUGGACACUGCUCAGCUCUGUAUGCAGUACUGGCCUGAGAAGACCUCCGGGUGUUAUGGUCCCAUCCAGGUGGAGUUUGUCUCUGCAGACAUUGAUGAGGACAUCAUCCAUAGAAUCUUCCGAAUCUGUAACAUGGCUCGGCCACAGGAUGGUUAUCGAAUUGUCCAGCACCUCCAGUACAUUGGCUGGCCUGCGUACCGGGACACGCCCCCAUCUAAGCGCUCGCUGCUCAAAGUGGUCCGACGCCUGGAGAAGUGGCAGGAACAGUAUGAUGGGAGAGAGGGCCGCACUGUGGUCCACUGCCUAAAUGGGGGAGGCCGCAGCGGAACCUUCUGUGCUAUCUGCAGUGUGUGUGAGAUGAUCCAGCAGCAGAACAUCAUUGACGUGUUCCACAUUGUGAAAACCCUACGCAACAACAAAUCCAACAUGGUGGAGACACUGGAACAGUAUAAAUUUGUAUAUGAGGUGGCACUGGAAUAUUUAAGCUCCUUUUAGCCCGGUUGGAUGGGGAACCUGCCAGAGUCCAGAGGCUGCUGUAGCUGCCCCUGUUUUUCUGUGACUGACAAUGACUGGUCUCAGGAGCUUGGAGGUAGCACACCUGCCCAACACCAAGGAGAAGACUGGUGGUCCCAUGCUCUGUAGUGGGCUCUGCAGGCUUCUGGAGGCUCUUCUGUAUCUGGGAGAUGCUGUUAUGAUGGAGACUAGCUUCCCUUCUACACCUGAAAGCUUCAGGCCCGCAGAAGUCUACCCACAAGCAAGGCCCUGGACUUUUGAUCCCCAGACCUCUUGUUUUUAUUUUUAUUUUAUUUUUUCUUAGUUUGUUACUCUCAUGGCAAGCUGACUGCGCAGGUGCUGGGAUAUGGGGAGCUGGCCAGCCCUUCCCUCACCAUCCUUAGGAGUACUGGGGGUGGAAGUUCUUCUCCAUGCUAUCUUGCAAAAGAUUGUAGUUUGAGGGAUCACUGGGUUAUUGGUUCCUACAUCUCCUAUAGGGGCCUCUGACAUGAGACACCUGCCAGACGGGAUCAAUGUGACUUGUGGAUGCCCCCUAGACCGCAGGAAGGGGCCUCUUCAUCUUACACAUAGCCUGUGCUGGGCUUCACUCACUACUGCCAUCUCCAGCCAGGCCUUGACCUUCUGUAAUCUCCCAGCCAACCAGCUGUAUCCACAUCACACUUCAGCAAAGGUUUCCUUUGCUUUCUCAUAGUCUGUAGCAGGAGGAAGGCUCACAGGAAAUUACAGUACCUUUUAUCUUUGUAGAAAGGGCUACACUCCUGGGUCAGGGUUCUUACUGGCCUGUAUAGUAUAACCCUAUGCUCCCUAGGUGGCACUUUCUAUUGGAAAGACAAACCAAAAAAGCUUUGAUUAUUUUCCCAAGUAUGUGUGGGAAAAAAAUGGUAAUGAGAGCGUAAAAUUUUGAAUUCUCUUAUGUCAAAAAAAAAAAGAGGAAAGAAAAAGGUAGAAUGGGAGUUUGAAUGUAUGGCUGUGUGAUCAAUCUUUUAGGUUCGUUAUAUUUCCUGGCCAUACCCUUGAAAAGUCCCAUCGUAGGAUAGCACAGCUAUCCCUGGGAUUGGUCUCUGGUUUGGGAAGGAAAAUACAGCAACAGCGUUAUUAUUUGUCUCUCUAGACUUGAACUCUUUCCUAAAGAAAUCCAGCUGCCAUUUUGAAAUUGGCUACUGCAGCCCCAACUUGGUUUAUAUAAUACAAUAAGCAGGUUUAGGCCUAGGGCUCUGAGUCUUGCUCAAAGGAUGAAUAAUUAAGGACAGGGAGAAAACGUCUGUGAAGCAUUUACUGCAAGCCAAAUGCCAUGCCUUACCCUCUUCCAUCUGACAUCGCAUAUAUAUUCUGCAGCACCCCUACUGAGUGCUUGCAUUGUCUCCAUUUUGUAAUUGAAGACACCCGAGUACCCUAUCCCUCCAGUGUUAGAAUUCUAUCCCUCCAGGGAUAGAAUUCUGUGUUCAAAAAGGCAGGUAAUGACAAUGCAACCUCCCUGCUAUUUUCCUUAUGCUUUCUCGGCCAAGCAAUUAUUUUUAUGGAAGAAAAAUAAGGCUAGAAACUUCUGAGCAGAGAACUCCAUGAGUAGAAAUUUAAUUCUUUCUUUCUGAUACCAGUUCUUCUUGGUAGCCCAAACUUUCAGAUAUAUUUUAUUAACUCAUUCCCAGUUCCUCAGAAAAGCUGGUCUUAUCUAAUUUCAUCAUUGCUAAAAACAAUUCUCAUGCUCCCUCAGGCUACAAGGGAGCCAGCUAGGGAAUCUCUGUAGCCUGAGCUGAGCCACAAUAUUUGACAGCCUUAAUAGCCAGGGGUCUAGGAAGGUCCAUCUUGCAGACUGAUCUAGUCACAGAGUAUGGGGGACACAAAAUCCAAUAAGGUAUACAUCUUGCCCUUCAGGCUCUCUAUAUUCUAGGGAAGCUAAGCCACAUUGUAACAGUAGAACAUACAAGCAACCAAUGAGCCUAGACAUGAGAGUGACUCACUCUGCCUAGAGCUUCCUAGGCAGCAUCCAUUCCAACUGGGUCUCAAAAGAUAGAAAAGAAGAAAAAGGAAAGUCAAGCCAAGGGGGUCAACAUGCACAAUGGUAAGGAAAAAUGGGGUGUCAGGAGGGACAGAUGGUGGGAGGUCAGCCCAGCUAGAAUGUAGCAGAACUGGGAUAAUGGCAGGAAGGUAGCCAGAACCAAGGUAAAAAUUGUAAAGGGCACAGCCAUUGCCCUGCAGGCAACAAGAAGUUGGCAGAGUUUAACAGUACUGCGCUCAGCCUAGUUUUAGGGAAGACUCUCUCUGGAUCAGCAGGACAGCCUCUUUUCCUUUCAUCAGACACUGUGAAAACAUCCCUCUCAGUGUGUGCUUUUGAUAUGUCGUGUGUGUGUGUGUAUGUAUGUAUGUGUGUGUGUUUGCGUUCAUUAUUUUGUUGCUGGAACAAAAUAUGGAGUAGAUCAUGAGACUCAGCUUUUAUGUAAAACCCAGGGUCUCUGUUCUACAAUGGAGCAGGUCCAAAACCUUGGCCCCUAAGCCUAUGAGGACAGGAUAUGAAAGGAAUCCAGGAAAAUGGCCCAGGAAUUGUCUAGAAGUCCAAGAACACCAAAGUUGAUCAAGAAAGGCUGUCACUUUGGAGGUUCAAAAGGAACAACUCAAAGAAAGCAAGCAAAAGAAUUCUGUGAGUUACUAUUCUCCUUUGAUGGGCCUCUUCCCAGGUAUAUUUGAGCAUAUCCCCAGGCCUCAGCCCCCACUGUUCCUUCUGAAUUCCUAUGGCUCUAGUCUCCUGAAUGGACUUUCCUAUAGCCUGCAGGAGUCUGUAGCAUAACCAAUAAGCAUGUUGCGUGCAAUUUCUUCAGAUCUUGGCCAAUUCCAACAGAGAAAAGGUAGAGGGAGAACUAUUUAAUACAAAUCCUAGAAUUCAUUCUGUUAAAGAAGGAGUGAAAGAGCUGACAGAUAAGAAUGACAGUGGUCUUUAUCAUUAUAAAUGGUGGGAAUUUAAGGAGUAACACAAGGGGUGAAGGGGAGAUUUGUGAAAAUUCAGGCCAUGCUGAGGGAACUCACCAAGGGCUGACCCAUCCCUUCAUUUUCUCACACUCCAACCAUCCUUAAAGAAAGUGUUCUUAAACCAGUGCACACAAAAAGGAAGUGAGGUACAAGUAUAGAAAUGACAUUCUUCAGAUUCCUGUGGCGGGCAUGCAGAAGACCUUAGAUGAGAUGGAAAAUGGUACUAAAUAUAUCAGACAAUAUUUUUCCCAAGAAAUCUCCCCAGAAAAUCUGCCCUCCAGGAGUCUCUUCUCACCCAACUCUACCUACAGGGUGGGCUCAUUUUGACAUGAGCAAAGGAAGGGUGCUAAAGUGAGUCCUCGCUUAGAUAAGAUCUUCCUAUUGUUUUCCAGUGGAAUCCAAAUAAAGAAGGUACAAGGUAUAAGUGAGAUUCUGUGAACCAUCCCCAUUUGUGUGUGCUUACAGCCUUGAUGGCUUCAGGAUGCUCGUGUCCUUUUACCCCUCCUGAUAUGAUUAUCAUGGAUGAGGUAGGGGCCUGUCAGCUUCUAGACUUGCAUGGCAGAGCGGGCCCCCUUCAUAGGAAUGGAAGAGGCUGCUUCCUUCAGGUGUUGACUCUCAGUGUGGGUCUGCGCAGUCAAUGACCAGCCAGAUGUCACCUACUCCAUGGAACCUUCAGGCUCUGUGCUGUGGACUAGAAAACAUGAGCUUGCUCUUCCAACACUCCUGAAGUGUCAGAGAUUAUGGCCGUCACCACUUCACUGAAGAGUAAACAGAUCCAGCAGAGGAGAACUCACUUGCCCACAUAAGCAAACACGACCUGGUUUCUGGCCACAUAAACAAUAUUCUUCCACCACAGUAGCUGAGAUUUUCCCACAUGAUUACUCUUAGCAACACAGGCAAGAGUGGAACUAAUGAUUCAGUAGAUAUUGGUAAAGCCCAAUGCAGAUAAUAGUAAGCCUCAAAUUCCCCUAGAGCUUCAUGUUUUUCAUUCAUGAAGUAUUUGAAUCCCAUUCGCUAGUUUAUUCUUAGUAGUUUAAAUAUGACUAUAUAAAUAUAUUUUAAAUCUGUCCUUUAUCUCAUGCAUGUCUCUUAGGAAAUGAUUUCUCUGUCCAAGACAUAGUGCCUGGCCAUGCUCCUUCCUCUUGAGGUCAAUUCUAAAUUCAAGUUCACACCAAUUUACACUCUUCUGGGCACAUCCGUUGCUCUGGAGGAAUCCUGACAUACUGUUCCUGAGAUUCACCUAAGGUCUCUUCACCUUAUAGAGGGUUCUGCAAGGUACCCACUGACAGACUAAAACAAUGAGGACUUAGUUUCAUGGCAUGAGCCCACAAAACCCUACAGCCAGAUGUGUUCUUACUUAGAAGAUCCUUGAAUGUUGAGCAGUGUCUCUUGUCUCCGUUGAGUCCUACUGCUUCUGAUGUGGGCAAAUCUUAGGACACACUUCAUAUGAACAUGAACACCCCCCACUUAAACAUAGCUCUACACAGUCCUUGGGUCCCUAUAUUAUUUAGCACUCCAGACAGGUGUCACUAGGAAGUACAGAUUACUAUGACAUGGCACAUCAUGGGAAGUAGAAGAGUUUGCUCUUUGGCUUGAACUCCAACUUUACCAUUUCUGGACUGUAGACUAUCAGGCUGAACAAUACAUAGAAAAGGGAAUACACACACACACACACACACACACACACACACACAAUCUUCAGCUGUGUUAAAAGGGGUUAGCCUGGAACGCUAGGGCAGGAAAACAGGAAUGCAAAUUGAAAUUCAGUGUCUACUCAGAAGCAAGGAUGCUUAUGGGCUGUUGGGCCAAGUGAUAAAUGACAUGGGGAAAGAAUAAAGAAAUCCACCCUUCAUUAGCCUGUAGCUUGCCUGCUACAGGCUUCCUUCAGCAUCAAGCUAAAGGAAGUUCAACAUUGUAGAAGGUAUUUCUAGAUCCAAGGAUAAACAUGAACAGGAUAUUGAUCCUAUGCCACAUGUUCAACGAAUUAUACUGAACCAAGAUCCCUAAGAAUGAGUCACUAACUCAAGCUAAAAGACACAUCAAAAGAUAAAACAGAGAUAGCAAUGUCAUCUCUAAGCCCUGACUUGCCUUUCUUUCCCAUUGAAAAAUCCAUGUAUAUAGCUGUGUAUGGGUUCCCCGUAUGAGGUUGUUCCUAGAUACAUAUGAAAAAUUAUGAGAUGCAGAGGCUUCUUUUACUGAACAUUGGGUCACCUUUGAAAUUCUAUCCUUUCUGAAUGAGAGAGAUUGAGAAAGAGUGUGUGUGUGUGUGUCAGUGGGGAGAAUGAGAAUAGUUCUGAAUCGAGUUUUCUCUGGCACAUUUCAGAGUCAUGGAGCCGAUAUUUUCAGAAACACAGCACAAAUGUCUGUGUUGUUUCUAUAUAUGAAUAGGCUCUUUCAGUUUCUUGGUAACCACAGAUAGACUUUUGCAUGACAGUGGCUCUAUAACUGUGUUGUGGAGACCAAGAACCAUCCCUUGCAUAUUUCCUGCCAACUUCUACAAGAGGUGGAAAAGCUAACAAAGGGGCCACAUUCACCCCUGAAAUUAGUGUUCAACAGGAGGAGUCAGUACCCACACCGAUAGCCCUCCUAACCUGGCACCACUUUACCUAGCAUGUAUCCACCUAAGAGCGUAGUGUGGUCCACUGUAGCUGGUACAGAGAAUAGGCACAGAUGGGAUGGAAGACAAUCUGCUAAAAAGGGCUUUGAAAAGUGCUGAACCAUAGGGCUUCCUUCUGGGUCUGAGAGCCAUUCUAGGUGGUUAAUGCAGACUCUGGUUGUGAUGUUUAGAGAAUGUUUACACAUCUUGGAAUAUUGGACAGCAAAGUAAUGGUAUGAAAUCUGGGCAUUCAGGCUAUCUAACAUAGUUCAUGGUUCUUCAGUAAGAACGAUUUCUAGGGGAUUUGUAAGCAGAAUUGUGUUAGUUUAGAAAAAUAUCAGUCUCCUAAAGGGACAGGCAGGAGACUAGUAUCCAUAAUCUUCAUAAGGCUGUGAAUGAUUAGAUGGAGUCCAGAAUAGUUUGGUACCCUGGUUACUUCUAUGAGUGCUGCUAAGACUGAUGAGGAAACUUAGUACCUACAAGAAAGAAAUUACUGCCUGCUGGAAGGGAAAGCCGAUCACUUCAGCAGAUGCCCAGUAGAAGCCAGGCAUCUUCAUCUCCUGGAUUACAGUGAUGAAAGCAUUGCUGAAACAGAUGUUAGGUCAUUUUCACCAAGUGUUGAGUCCUUGAAAAGUGGGAGUCAUGUCUGAACUGGAACCUGAGAACUGCAAACUAAGUGGGCCAUGCUUGGUUUGUGAGGCGUAAGCUCCCUAUUUCUUCCAACCAAGACUUCCCCUUAUGUCAAUCAAAAGCCAACUCUGACUGCAUCAUCUAGCUUCAUCCAGGACGGUUACCACCAGUAACAGGCAGCAGCUACUUGACCAUACACUUGAUGCUUAAUGCCACCUGUGGGAAGGGCAGCCAUCACCCAGACUCUCAAUGACAGCCAGAACCAAUAAAUAUCCAGACAGGAGUCAUAACAAGACUUCAUUUUUGUGCACAUUAUCUCCAAAGAUUAAUUCCACCCUCACUCCCUACUCAAGACCUGUAGGAGAAGAUUUUAAAAGCACAGUGAUUCUGUUGAUACCUGCUCAUAAUCAUUCCCAGUGCAUAUAUUUUUAUCACCAACUGGAUCUUAGGCUAGCCUGGGUUAACCCAGACUAGCUCAUAUUUAUAAAUCAGGCUCAAAGUCACAUUCUACCUUCUCUCUUCACUCUAUAUCUUAGUAGCCCAUGAAAGGUACAGUCUUAGCCUCUGUGGUUGCCUUGGCUCCUGGGUACUACACUGGUACAGCUCUCAAGGAACCAUCAUGAGGUUCCCAGUCUACACAAGGGGGCUGACACUUUCAUAUCCAAGUGGCAUACGAUAUCAUAUGAGACCAAAGUCUCCACACUCUUUGAGGCCUCCACAAAUCCCAAUGGCCUGCACUUGUACAGUUUGGGUAUUUGAUAGAUAAAGCACGUAUGAGAAGAGAAAACAAAAUAAAUCAACUUCAAAAAAAUAAAUAAAUAAAGCCAGCACUGUGCUAUCGAUGUUUUUUUUGUUUUGUUUUGUUUUGUUUUGUUUUCCCUUUUUUCUUUUUUCUUUCCAGUUCUAGCUUCAAAAAGCAGAAGGUAAAUAAUGUCAGGUCAAUGAAUAUCAGAUAUAUUUUUUGACUGUACAUUAAAGUGACGUGUAAUCUUUUUACACCUGCAAGUCCAUCUUAUUUAUUCUUGUAAAUGUUCCCUGACAAUGUUUGUAAUAUGGCUGUGUUUAAAAAAAAAUCUAUACAAUAAAGCUGUGACCCUGA